UGUUUGGUACACGCUUAUUUACGAAACUCAAACGCGAGUGUCUUGGGACUCGUGUUCAUGUACCUACACUGUAAGCAAUGUUUUCGGAGUGGAGUCCAGUUGCCUACCAGCAAUUUUCGAAGUUCUCGUGGCUCAUAGGAUCGCUUCUGCUGACGUGAAAUACCUAGGAGACAUGAAUUAACCAAGGAGCUUCUUGAAUUAACCGACAUAAGAAUCAACCUUUUGUGUAUAGUCGGGAGGAUGAAAGUCGCCGUGAGCCGCCGGCCGCUGAUCUGCUGUAUGCUCCUGCUCGUCGUCGUGUAUUUCACGGGCCUGAACUGCAUCUACAACCAGACAGGACUCUUGAGAUAUGGCGAAUCUGACGACUGCUCUUUAUUCACGAAGGGAGAUUGUGUACAGUGUGACUGCGACGAGCCACAGGCUAGCGAUUUAGAAUCACCUACAAGGACCACACAACGAAGUGGUGGUCCUAAAGGCGUAAUUGUCCAUGAUUCUGCAGCUGAGAAUGAGAGGCAAUGGCAACCGUGUCAAACAGAAGAGAAGGGCGAGGGGAAAAUCCACUGGCGAGACGAGAAACCCGUCCUUGUGUACGAGCAGGACGGAAAAACAAAGAACAGAACGUGGUCGACAUCGCUGGCGAUGGUGACAGAGUCGUACAACCUGAUGGGUGUGAAGCAGGCGUUCCGACGUCCCUGGUCACAAAAUAAGGAAAAUCUGCAUAGAUUCAGGAGACAUAUAACAAAUUGUUGUGACGCACAAAAGGGGAUGAUUCUAACCAAGGAGAACGGAGUCAUGGAGUACGACUACGACUUCCCCAAGUUCAUUGAUAACGAGCUGAAGUUGAGGCUCAGUGAGCAGUUCUACGACACGUUUCCACAGAAAAGUCCGAUUCCCGAGAAAAGAUACGGCCGUUGCGCCGUGGUGGGCAAUGGUGGGAUCCUGGAGGGAAGCAGAUGUGGGAAGGAGAUUGACAGCUACGAUUUUGUCUUCAGAAUGAACCUACCUCCGCUCGGUAAAAAGCCGACCUAUGACAGAAAUGUUGGAGUCAAAGUGAACCUGACCAGCACCACUACCGCUAUGAUUCGCAAAUACAAGACGGUCCUGCAGGAACCAGAGAUGCUGGACAAAUUCCUGAAUGAAACUUCCAUGUUCAGAGGGCUUCUGGUCAUCAAACGACCGUUCGAUUACGUGGUUGCCCUUCAAAAGAAAUUAGAGAAAAAUUCGACACAGUUGAAGAUUGUUUAUCAGAACCCGGUUCACUACCUGGAUGUCAGCUGGUUCUGGAGUAAACAAGGCCUUCCGGGCGUCAUAAGUACAGGACUGUAUCAGGUGACUAACGCCAUCAUGCUGUGUGACGAGGUGACCUUGUAUGGCUUCUGGCCUUUUCCUAUUGACGAGAGAGGAGCAAAGGUUGGCUUCCACUACCACGCGGCGCCCAUCUUCAUCGGCCCUGCUGCCGGGACGGAGUCUGCGUACGACAUGGGCCGGGAGUUCAUGAUGCUCAGGAAACUGCACACCAUGGGGGUGGUCAGGGUCGUCUUGGACAGAUGCGAGGAAUGAUACAGUACCUCCGGGCCGAACCUGUCACACAUUCACGAAAUGAAACAUUCGUGAGGCGUUCGAGAGGUUCGAUCAUAGUUGGCUGGUUUUCGACCGUAAGUCAGCUAUACACCUGCCAACCACCCUGGAGUAAGUCAGCAGUGUUCGGGGCGUGUUCAGGGAUCAAAUUUGGCUCCAAUUUUACUCAAUUUCAUUUUGAUUCAUACACGAAAGGUAGG